AUGGGUGCCUUUCUCAGCUGGGGCCACUCACACUGUCACUCUCUUCCACAGGUCUGUUGGAUCCCAUCAUCCAUAUCCCUGUUGAUAGGUUUACCUGCUGGUCCUGAAGAAGUUAUGUCUCCCCAUCCAUUCCCCAGCGAUGGGGAAGACCCCCAGAACCCAGGUGUGAUAGAGGACUCGGCAGAUGCACAGAUUCCCACAGAUGAGGAAGCUUCCUCCAUGUCCUCUUCCUAUGCCUACAUAUUUCCACCUUCCCCCUCCUUAUCUUCUUCUCCUGAGGAGCUGUCUCCUGGGAUGUCAAGUCUUCCCCUGAGCACUCCCAGUAGUCCUCUACAGAGUCCUUCUCAGAAUCCUAUGAGCUCCUCCUCCUCUGUUUCAUGGAGCCCAGUCAGUGGAGAGUCCAGCAGCCAGAAAGGGGAGGAUACAAGUACUUCUCAGUGCCUGUCAGACAGUGAGUCCUUGUUCACAAAUACACUAGAUGAAAAGGUGGCUGAGGUAGUACAGUUCCUGCUUCUCAAAUUUGAAGCAAAGGAGCCUGUAACAGAGGCAGAGAUGCUAAUCAUUGUCCUCAGCUACCAAGACUACUUUCCUACAGUACUUGAGAAAGCGCGUGAGUUCAUGGAGCUUCUUUUUGGUCUUGCCCUGAUAGAAGUAGACCCUGACCACUCCUAUGCAUUUGCAGACACAGUAGACCCCACUGACAAGGGUAGUAGUGACGACCAGGGCACGCCCAAGAACAGCCUCCUGAUUCUUAUUCUGAGUAUAAUCUUCAUAAAGGGCGGCUGUGCCUCUGAGGAGGCCAUCUGGAACGUGCUGAAUGCAAUAGGGGUGUAUGCCGGGAGGGAGCACUUCAUCUAUGGGGAGCCCAAGGAGCUCCUCACUAAAGUUUGGGUGCAGGAACAAUACCUGGAAUGCCGGGAGGUGCCCAACACUUCUCCUCCAUGUUAUGACUUCCUAUGGGGUCCGAGAGCCCAUUCAGAAAGCAGCAAGAGGAAAGUACUAGAGUUUUUGGCCAAGCUGAACAACACUGUCCCUGAUUCCUUUCCAUCCUGGUACAAGGAUGCUUUGAAAAAUGUGGGGGAGAGAGCCCAGGCUAUAAUUUCCACCAAAGAUGAUGCCACUGACAAGGCCAGUGAAAGCCUCAGUGACAUUCAGCAUCCACUCCUCUUUUGA